UUGCUCUCUGCUGUGGGAAUAGAUGGCAAUAAUGAGAUCUUCCCCAUAGCAUAUGCUGUAGUUGGCCAAGAAGACAAGCAGUCAUGGACCUACUUCUUUUGGCAUUUGCUGAACAUUGUAAAAGAUUCAUCAAGAGAGCAUUGGACUAUUAUUUCUGAUAGGCAAAAGGCAAGUGUUUGUUGCUUUUUUCAAAUUUUCAUUCUCUUUUUUUUUUAUAUGCAAACAUACAAAUGCUCAUACUGUAAUCAUUGUUUCAGGGAGUUGAACUUGCACUAGAACAAGUAUGGCCAAAAGCUGACAGGAGGUUCUGCUGUAGGCAUCUAAGUAGAAACUACAAGAAGCUAUUUCCAGGCCCUAUGAUGUAUGUUCUAUUCUGGAGAGCAUGCAAUGCUUCUUCAGCUUUCACAUUCAGGAAAGCUAUGGAGAAGUUGCAGAAAGCAGGAGGAGAUGAUGUCAUGACUUGGUUUGCAGAAUUGGGAGAGAAGUCUAAGUGGAGUAAGCAUGCAUUUGACCCAAAUGUUUGCAAUGACUCCAAUACAUCCAAUUUUGUAGAGAGCUUCAACUCUACUCUAGGGGUGAAUAGGUGUAGGCCUAUUUUGACUUUGCUAGAAGGAAUAAGGAGGGUAUGUAUGGUUAGAAUAGCAACAAGAAUGGAGAAUGCAAAGUCUUGGAAUGAUGAAGACAUAACUCCAAAAAUUGUGAAGCUAGUGAAAUAAAUAGGAAAAGGUAGCUCAAAAUGCAGAGUAUUCAAGUCCAGCCCAGGUGAAUAUGAAAUUCAUGAGGGAAGAUCACAAUUUCCUCUCAGCUUAAACAAGAAAGUUUGUUCUUGUGGGGCAUGGCAACUGACAUGUGUGCCUUGUAGGCA